AUGGAGAAGACAAAGUUAGUCGAGAAAAUUGUCAUUUUCCCAGAAAAAUCCACAAACAGCAGGCGCAUUUUCUUGUCAAACAUAGACCUUGGCCUGGUGGCGUACCAAGAAUCAGUUUCUUUCUUCGAUCCUCCACGAAUGACCUUCUCAGAAGCCUGUAAAAAGCUGUACAGAGCACUUGAAAUGCUGUUUGUGCAUUAUGAUUUCUUUGCGGGGCGUCUGGUGCCAUCGUUGGAAGACAGUCGGCGUCUGGAAAUAGACUGCAAUGGUGCCGGUGUUGUGGUUGUUGCAGCAAAGACAGAGACCAAGUUGAGCCAGCUGGGAGAGCUUGUGAAACCAAAGCCAGAGUUAAAGCAGUUCAUUGCAUUCUUGCAUGAAGAGAAUGAAGAAGAAAUGGAGAUAAAAGACCUACCUCUGUUGUUCAUCCAGCUGACUCAGCUGGGAUGUGGGAGCUUGGCAUUCGCUUCGCGAUACAAUCAUUGUGUCCUAGAUGGAGUAGCAGUACGCGAAUUCCAGGCUAACAUGGCUGCUCUAACUAGGAAUGAAGGAAUGAUAGUCAUGCCAAAUCCAGAUCGGACGAUUUUUAAAGCAAGAAACCCUCCUAUAAUCAGUCAUCCUCACCACGAGUACUCGAAACCAACACAGACAGAUCACUUGUAUGCUGUGCGCAUCAGGGCCAAUCCAACAUUUGAGCAAUCUUCACUUCAUGGUCAGACUCACAUCAUCCAUUUAUCUCCACGUUGCAUCGUAAACAUGAAAAAGGCUGCACUGGGGGAUGGGAAACUGAGGGACUGCACUACAUUCCAAGUCGUGGCAGCAAGGAUAUGGAAGGCAAGGAGCAUUGCGGCAGAGAUGCAGGAUGACAAAGUUUCAACAAUGCUGUUUCCAGUGGAUGCAAGGAGAAAGAUAGUGCCACAAGCACCGAUUGGAUUUUCUGGAAAUGCACUAAUUCCUGGGUUUGCAAGAGCAACUGCAAGAGAGCUAAAGCAGGUGGAGGACCAUGUUCUUGUAAAGAAAGUGCAGGAAGGGGUGGACAGAUUAGAUGAUAAGUAUAUAAGAUCGAGUAUAGAUUGGUUGGAGGUGAAUAAAGGGGUACCUUGUAAGGAAGACAGCUUCUCACUCGUGGCAUGGUGGAGAUUAGGCUUGGAUGAAGAUGAAUUUGUUUGGGGCAAAUUCAAGUGCACUACGCCUGUUGUCAUCAAGCCUGGUUUGGUAUAUAUCUUGCCGGGGCCAAAGGAUGAGGGUGGCCUUAACAUCUGUCUGGAACUUCCUCACGAUCAAAUUAAGACAUGUCAAAGAAUAAUGAUGGAAAAUUAA